AUGAGCUCCUUCAAGGACCCUCCUAGUACGGGGGCAACCCUGACCAUGGCCAAUUUUGAGCCGAAUGCAGUAAUCCGCGGCUUCCAGCUCACUAUAGUCGGUACUGUUCGUGCUCUGAAGAAUCCCGACCUAUUCAAAUCCGAGCACUUCCGACAAGCAGCUCUUGCCGUGGGGGUUGGAAUCAUAAUCCAGCUCAUUAUUCAGAUCCCGAUGAUCCUCCUGAAGCUAGUCAUUUUCAUAGCUUCAUGGAUCGUCGAUAUGGAGAACGCAACUUGGGACGUGAAACUCCUCAAUGGCAUGGACUUUAUGUCCAAAUCAGUCCUGCAGGUUCCGUUUCUUUUGAUGACCUUGAUGGGUUACAUCACUCCGACACUGGAUGAAAUCUUCAUGCAAUCUGUCGAGUGGGUUGACUCGACGUACAUCCAGAAGCACAAGUCCGAGAACCCCGCGACUUUGCGGGCCAUGUACUACCCUAGUCUGGUCAUGUAUCCGACCAAGGACGGCCCACUGUCAUCCCGGCCCAAGUCAGAGGCUGUCAUGAUGUUCGCUCGACGCUAUGCCAAAAGAAUGGGCACGCUUCUAGGCGUCUACCUACUAUCGCUCACUCCCGUCGUUGGUCGAUUUGUGAUGCCCGCAGCUAGUUUCUACACGUUCCGCAGUCAUGUUGGUACGGCUCCUGCAGCUGUCAUUUUCGGCGCUGGGCUGGUACUCCCGAAAGCGAUGAUUGUCAAAUUCCUCCACACCUAUUUCGCAUCGAGAAGUCUGAUGCGUGAACUUCUUGAGCCAUAUUUCCAACGUAUUAGGUUCACAUCUGACCAGAAGCGCCGUUGGUUCCGUGACCGCGAAGGGGUUCUUUUCGGCUUUGCUUUUGCCUUUACCAUUGUGUUAAAGACACCUUUCAUUGGAGUUCUCAUGUAUGGUGUUGCCGAAGCGUCCACGGCCUACCUGAUCACGAAAAUCACCGACCCACCUCCCACUCCGACCGAGAAUGCUGGCUUUGCAGAAAGCCAAGUGACGUGGAAGAAUAAGCACGACUUCCUUCGCUUGUCCCUCGAAAAUAUUGACAAGCUCAAUGUAAUCACGGAUCAGGAGGGCGCGAAUGGUACCACAACCACCAAGAAGGACUGA